AUCAUUAUCCUUGGAUGCUUCGAAGCGCCAACGCGGUUCGACCAUACCUCGUCGCAGGCGCCUUCGUAGUGCGCUCCUUCGGCACCGCUGCGUUUUCUUCUCGCGCUCCUGUUGCCUCUUCGCUUUCGUUCUCCUUAUGUUCCUCAUUUGUCUGCCGGCAAUUCGCGCGACGUCCGUCGUUGACCAGUGAACUUGCUUGAAAAGAUCCGUGAGAAUCGUGACAGUGUGCGACGGUAUGACAUUUGCGCGAGGAUAAGCGCGACUGUGAUGGUUAUUUAAUAACUCUUGACCCUGAUGUAGUGCGUCGCGAGAAACUAUGGAUGACAAUCUCUACGAUAGUGACGAAUGAAACUGUUGAUUAUGGUGAAGAAGAAAAACUGAUAAUCGGGCGGUUGCUGUUUCUGCGGAAAGGAUUUCGCAACAUGUAUUUGUGCUAAUUAAGUAUUAUACGAUCUUCGAAGGAAUUCAACUGUUCACUGUGAUCCUUUCAUCGUGAAAUCAACCGUUGUCUUUGAGAUUAAAUCAAUACAUUAUCCACAGUAUAGCGGUUAGUAUAGAAACCGGUCAACGGUUUCCCGACGGCUGAAUGUGUGGACGAUAUUAUCCGUAAUAUUAGCGUGCGUUGAAUAUCGCGGUAAAAUCACGAAUUACGAUGGAGACGAACGAUCCGUCGGGUAGAUUAACAGCAGAGGACUUGUCAGAUUGCAUAAGUGACAGCAGCCACUCGGAAUCUCAAUUAAAAGCGUUUCAAAGUUACGAGCGCAUUAAAGAACUGAAUCUAUCUAUCGACAAAACCAAAGAAGAUGCAUCGACGGAGCCAAAGGACUUUCAUCUUAGUCUCGAAAGCAACGGCGGCAGCGGCAGGACGUCUAUCCGAUUCGACGAGUUUCCGUGCGAGAACUCGGCGAGAAACCUAACAAUGCCACUGAACAAGGCCAAAGAUUACGGUUAUUCCGCUAAUAAUUUGAGCGAGAUCAACUAUCCGUUGGACCGGUCGAACGAGAGCGAGGAAUCGGCGGAUGCGACGGCGACGACGCUUUGCAGAUCCAAAAACUCUACCAAGAACGUGCUGUUUAAUUUGCGCGAGGCCAAGCAAAGGAACCCUCACGCGUCGUUGUCCUCCUUGGACAGGUACAGUAAGGACCUCAAUUUCGUGGUGGACAAAGAGAUGAAGGACUUUAGUCUGCUCAAAAACUACAGUCUCGAUCGUAUGAAGGAGUUCAAUUUUUCUCUGGACAGAAUGAGGGACAAUCACAUCAGCAGCCUGGCACUCGAGAGAUUGCGCGGUGGUGCCGGUCUGCUGGAGAAUCCGGGUGUACUGGAGCAUAAGGAAUUCAGAAACUUGCAAGUGCAACCGAGGAACCCCGAUCUCGAGGCCAUAGCCUUGGAACGCAUGAGACGCUCGCAUUUGCUGGGCACGGAGCUGUCCGCGCAAAACCUGUCGACACAAGUACCGCACUCACACUCUAUCACGCACAUGCAGCAUUCUCAGCAACAGCAACAACAACAAGCCAAGUCCUUCACCAUCGACGCAAUUCUGGGUCUGAGGAAUAAUCAGCGAGAAAAACGGAGUCAACAGCAACAGUACAGGAAACACCAAGGUCAGGAAGGUUCGACGAAGAACAAUAGUUCGAGUUCUAGUUCCGGUGGGGGUGGUAAAGUGAAGAGGGUGAGAACGAUCUUCACGGCGGAGCAGCUGGAACGCCUGGAAGGCGAAUUCGCGCGUCAGCAAUAUAUGGUGGGGCCCGAGAGACUGUACCUGGCUCACGCGCUUCGGUUGACGGAGGCCCAAGUCAAGGUCUGGUUCCAGAAUCGCCGCAUCAAGUGGCGGAAACUGCAUCACGAGCAACAGAGUCAGAGAGUGCAUGAGUUUCAGCGCUCAUUGAACUCCUCAUUGGAGCACGAAGACAGCAACGAGGCUGACAAAUGCUUAAAGCUGUGAAGAAAAAUUGACACGCUCAACAUCAUAAUGUGUCUCUAAGAACUUGUAAGCUAUUUGUGAACAACAAAUUGAUGUUGUAAGAAGUGCAAGUCAUAUUUGAACUCAGAUUUAAACGUUUCGAAGAACGUAUUAAAC